UAUUGCAUGAUAUGGUGCUGCAUAUGAUGAAUUCUGUAUAAACUUCUAUGGCUAAUUUUGCAUGCUGCUGGUAUUAUUUUUAAACACUGCAUAUUUUUCCAUGAACAUACAUCCACCCAACUGCAGAGUAUUACAGAAGACUGCUACACCAGUACUUUAUGUCAGUUUCAAAUGGCCUUCAGAGUGAUUCUGUUUGUUUGUAUGAUAGGAUUUCUGUGUCAGAUUUCGGCAGAUAAGAUCGAGUUAGCAUACAAUUGCCACCAACUAAAUGGGCCGGAUAAUGAUGUUUGUGAGAAACAAGCAAUCACUGGAACUACUCCAGGCGGCACAGGAACCCGGGAAAAACCAUCAGAGAGUUGUCCCAGGACCACGGUUCGAGUUCAGCCUGAGGAAUAUCCAGAUGAAGAAAAACACCAUGUGCAUCCAGCCCUGACUCCCAGCCUGUUCUCAAACGUGCCACCGACCAUCAACUUCGUGCUGCCGGAUGAAGAUGUUGAUAUGUUGAGUCCUCGGAUAAGAAACCUAUUGACUGUUUAUCACAAGGGGAACGAUAUUGCUUUAGAGCUGGCAUUUAAAGUUGGUUUCGCACCUACAAAAGAUACUCAGAACUGGACGAUGUACUUUCAUGAACCAUUUAAACCCAGGGAAGUGGAAUCUUUUCUGAACAUAUCACCGCAGCAGAAGUUCAAAUUCAUUCCGGACAGCUGGACAAUUGGAUGCAAAGACAGACUGACGCGGAAUUUGCAAAACAUGGCGCUGAUUCACGGGAAAAAGGAAUACGACUUUUAUCCAACUACCUUCGUUCUUCCCACUGAUGUCAACGGGCUUCGACAGUUUUCACACAGCAGCACUGAAGACCAUGUCUGGAUUGUCAAACCGUACUGUUACAGUAAAGCAGCUGGAAUAUAUAUGACACGAAAGUGGCAAGACGCCAACAGGUUCCGAAAUGCUGUCGUACAAAGGCAAGUAGUUUGCUAUAAGCACCAAAACUAUUGA